AUGGUCAAAAAUCAGACUGUCGACAAAAAACUAUUUCUCCAGGAGGCAAAAUUAAUGUAUCGACUUGACCAUAAAAACCUGGUGAAACUACUUGGAAUUUCAUUCAAUGAUGACUCGGUCGUCCUUGUAUUAGAGUUUAUGGAAAGAGGACAACUCAGGAACCUACUCAGAGCUGACAAUGGGAAAAAUAUUUCUGCUGAUUUGUUGGCUCGAAUUGCUUUACAAGUCACAUUCGGAAUGAUUUACUUGGAGGAGAUGAAUUUAGUACACAGGGACUUGCGUGGAGAAAAUAUACUAAUUUCAGAUAAGUUUGUUUUCCAGGUUUUUGGGAGAGUGAAAGCAGUCGAAGUGCCCAGAGAUGUGCCCGAGGAAGACUUUAAGACGUUUAGUUAUAAUACUAAACUGUUUUUUGAUUUGUAUGUCCAGUUUGAGGAGUAUUCGUCAUUUGUCCGAGCAAUGGAAGGUUUCCUUCGAUCGGGAUGGAGUCGUGCCCAGGCUAUUGCCAAGAGGGAGAGCGAUAUGCUUGAAUUGCAGAGGGAGACUGUCCGCAAACUGGAGGAGGAGUCUUUAAGAAUUGAACAAAGACGUGAUAAGAUGGAUCGGAUAUCCAAGGAGGAGACUUUUCUACGUGAAAAGAUUGUAUCAGCAAUGCUCGAUAAGGAGCAGAGAAAGGAACAAAUGGAGAUAUCAGUAACUGUGGGUAACUCCUGGCGCAAAAUGAAAAUUUAUAAAUUCAAAACUUGUCUUGAGGUACUAAAUGUGCAAAUUGAGAAGUUGAAAGAUGAUAAUAAAGUAAAGAGCUUAAAUAUCAGCACAGAAAUUCAUACGGACAUGACCGAAAUGAUGAAUGAAGCAGGCCGGGAAGAGGAUUCUGUUUAUAAUUGGGAAACUGAUCAAAAAGAAGACGUUUGA